CGGCAGUAACGCGAAUGCAGUUCCGCCAAAACCCCCAGCGAUGGAGAUUCAAGCUAUCUCGAACCAAUACAUUGACAAAACUGUCCUAUCCCAGGUAUUAUGGGGUCUUUUCGGUAAUAAUUAUGAAUUUGAGGUUCAGGAUGAGAUAUUCAUUCUGAGAGUUCCUCGAAGAUUAACCGAUGACGAAAUUAAGCAAAUUCAAAAGAAUUCAAACCCUAAGAUUGGACUGGGAAACACGUAUUGAGAGGGACUUUUAUGGUCAAUUAAAUCUUUUGUAUGGUGGAUAGCCAAUGCGAACAUAACACGAACACGGGGAGAGCCAUCGAGAUAAGUUGUCAAGACAUGAUGAAUACUUUCUGAGAACGAAUAUGUGGAAUAUAAAGCUGAAGUUUGUCGUAUCCCUUUUAUUUCGAGUUCUCUUUUUCGACAGUG